ACCAACCAUCACCUUCCACACAACCGUCAAUCACCUCCAUCCACCACCACCAUCAUCACCACCACCACCACAAUGUCAUAUCACCAUUCGGCGCUCUGUUAGCGUGUCAUUGCGUGGUGGUUGUUUUCUGUGCCAUGUGUACUGUACGUGUUCUAUCCGUGGCGUGUGUGAUGUACCGUGAUGCAUCACGCACCGUUACUGUGAAGUAACUGUGUAUGUGCAUCAGUUAUUUUGUAGUAACUGUGUGUGUGUCAUGAUUACGUUCGCACGCGAUUAGCCACGUUAAUUAUUUUGAAUGUGUUUAUCAUUUCCUUUUCCUCUUUACGUGGCAGUAAAAUUCCGGGUAAUUAUAAACGCAGUAAAGAUAGCGGGAUGCCCGUUCAAUGCAUAGAGUACACGUGUGUCUAAUACUAAAGCAUUCUUAUGUUUUAAUAUUUAUAUUACUGUAGAUACGAUAUUGUUAUAUAACGAUAUCACGGUAGCUAUGUUGAACAAAAUGGUUUCAAAUUGUCUUUACCCAUAACGGAUAUAAUGGCGUCAUUCAAUACAUUCGCUGUGUGUGAAGACUGUGGCAACAUUGGUCACUUUUGGAACGUUUCAAUCGCCGGAAAAAAUAUAUCGACGUCUCGGUCAAACUGUUCUGUACCGUGAAGUGACAACUUCAACGAUUCGUCAAGUCGCAGUGAUCGGAAGGAUGUUAAGACGUGUACAAAUCAUAGCAUUGCGGCUGUUAUUUUAAUGAAUCUGCGUGUGUUCGGGCUACAUACGUUUCUUACUAAAUUGAUGUUGUUACUGAUAACCGCGAAAAGUGGGACGCGCGUGUGAUGUAAUCUAUCUGGCUGACUUGCAGCAUCAUUCGUCUGGUGGGGUGGGGGGUGGGAUUGUUGCUGUCCACGUGCUUAGCGUGAUGGUGCCGUUAGUCAGGAAACGUUGUCCACAUGAGAAUAACAAUCACAUCCUUUUUUUAAAAUCCUUUGUCCUUAGAAUGCCUCUAUCCAAUGGAUUGACCGUGGUUGAUGAUGAUUGUCCUUUACCUAUCGAGGAAUGCUUCACUCGGUUCCAAGACUCCUUUAUCAGGAGUGUUUCCUGAUAACAUUUGGGAUGUUUUGGUCAGUUCCAUUAUUGCGUGGCUUAUUCACGUGGGAGGAAACCGUAGAGUGAGAGAGAGAGAAAAAAAACCCCCACCAUCCAUUUGACGGGGGAACACAGCUCUACACGCAUGGAUUCAAGAAUCCAUUGCUGUACCGUCAUCUCCUGGCAACCAUGUCGCUGCCCAAGCCUGAAUUCAACAUCUGGUAAUCCCAGGCACUGUCCCAUUCAAAUCACGAACCUGGCUCAGUUAAUAUUUGGCUUCCAUGAUUCUAAGUGGCUGAUAUGGUUGGCCAAAUUCAGGGUAAUUUGAUCAAGGCUGUUUGCAGCUGCUCCACGAUGCACCUGCCAAUAACUGUAAUAUAUCUCUCUCCCAAGACAAGUCCACAAAUGUUUUAUAAGUUUAUACGGAUCACCAUCAUUAUAAUCGUCAUCCCCAUGUGCUAAAGCAAUGCACACGGUUGUAGGGGAUACAUUCUUCUAGCGUAUGGCAAGUACGUGUCAAUUAUACGCCCAGGUUUAAGUUUGUGGGCCAUCUCGGUUAGGGAGGUGCAUAACUGAUAUUGUUCAGUCCGCCAGAGAACCGGAGAAGAAUUCAGUUGUUCGCGAUGUGGUCCAUUGUUUGGUUCAGCUGGCCGCGGUCACUGCACUGUGAUUCAUCUAACAGGUCCCUGCAGGGUGGGCUGGUAGAAGUUCGCAAAUGAGAUCAUGUGACUUCCAAAUGUUGGGUGCGAUAAGACAUAUCAAGUCUCUGCGCUGUCUAUUGCUGAUUUUACACCCAACAGCACGAGAUUUCACUUCGUUAAAGUAUUGAAAGGGCACGGACGGACGGACACAUUAAUCUAUUGCAGGCUGGUACACUCAGUUUACAACUUCGUUCCUACCAGUAUAAUUGUACAAUUGUGGAAGAGGUGUUUGCGCAGCGAGCGGUCCCUGUUGAGAAGCGGUUGAUGGAGCCACCACAGUUUUCUUGGCAGAACAGAGCCGUGCGGAGCAGUGGUGGGGCCCUCGAUGACGCUUUCAUCCUUUCCCGUUCCGAGACGUCUGCAAGUUGCAGGAGGAGGAAACACUUACAAGAGGAGCCAGAAAGGAAAGUCUUGCCUCAUCAAGUGUCUGUGACCUUGCCGGCUGAGAGAACGCAUCAAGAGAAGGGGGAGAAGAGGGAGAGAGCGCGGGAGGGGGAGAGAGAGACGGAGCGGCUGUCGGAGAGGAGACGGCUGGAGAAGCAUACGCUGUGGGCUGUUUCUCCAGUUGUAACAGCGGCGGCAGCAGCUUCACAAUGUCGCACGAGCAGAUUGGGUUUCUGCCCGAUGAUGGCUCCGUCACGGUUCCCGUCGUGGUCAUCGGCAACGGUCCGUCUGGAAUCUGCCUGUCAUACCUGCUCUCUGGAUACCGGCCCUACCUCUCGGAGGGAGCCCCUCCUCAUCCCAAUCACAUUCUGCAGAUUAAGCUGGAGGAAAACUUGCACACGUCCAUACUGGAGCAGGACCUGGAGUACCUGUGCGAGGGACUCGAGGGGCGCUCUGCCAACCCUGUGGCUCUCCUGCUGGACUCGCUACUCCACCCGGACGCCGACUGUGGAGCCGACCUGCCCUCGCCGAUCCGCUGGGAGCCAGAGCCGCACCGUGCCAUCCCGCAUGUGGUGCUUGGCAAGGGAGCACCGGGAGGCGCGUGGAACGCAAUGGACACGUCCAUGCAGACGCUAAGCCUCGGCAACUGGAUGGAGCUGCCGGAUUUGCCCUUCAAGGACUGGAUUCGAGAGCAGCGCAGGCACCUGCGCAAUGACCGAGCAACGACGGCCGACGUGGCCCGCUACUACCGCCACUAUGUCAAGUGCAAGGGUCUGCAGCAGAGCUUCGUGAGCGGCGUCAUCGUCACGUCCGUGCACCGGUUGCGCGACCCCGAAUUGAUCCGCCCGUCGUCGCCGUCCUCCCCGUCCGCGUCGCCCCUCCAUCCCUCGUCCGCGUCCUCCGCGAACGGCGUCGCGGGCAUCGGCCCGGCGCGCUGGGAGGUGCGGGGCCACCACCUGGCGGUCAGCGGCGGCGGUGAAGGGCGGCUGCGGCGUUUCCGGCUGCGUGCCGCCGCCGUGGUGCUCGCAACGGGCGGCACGGACUCGCCGGCGCGGCUCGGCGUGCCCGGCGAGGGGCUGCCGUUCGUGCAGCACGCGCCGGCGGCUCUGGAGCGGGCGGUGGCCCGGGGCGAGGUGGGACGUGACUCUGAGCCGCUGCUGGUGGUGGGCGCGGGGCUGACGGCGGCGGACGCGGUGCUGGCCGCGCGCCAUCACGCGGCGCCGGUGCAGCACGCCUUCCGGCGCGCAGUCACCGACCCCGCGCUCAUCUUCAACCAGCUGCCCAAGAUGCUCUACCCGGAGUACCACAAGGUGCAUCACAUGAUGGGGGAGAGCGACACAUCCUACAAUGGAUACGCCAGCCUGCCCAGGCACCGUGUCCUCGAAUUCCGGCCCGACCGGAAGGUGCUCCUGCAGGGCCCGGCGGGCGAGCUGCGCGUGCUGCCCGUGUCAAUGGCGCUGGUCCUCAUCGGCUCCAACCCGGACCUGUCGUUUCUGGCGUGCGCGGGCCGCUCGCUCGCCAUGGACCCGUCGCGUGCCGUCAGCUGCCGCCACAACCCGCUAGACGUGCACCCGUUCACGUACGAGUGCGAGCGGGCGCCGCGCCGCGUCGACGGCUGGGCCCGCGGCGGCGACAACGGCGACGGCGGCGGCGGCGGCUACGGCGACGGAGGGGGCGACGGUGAAGACGGAGGAGAGGACGGGGCGCAGGGGGUCGGCUGUGGCCUCUUUGCGGUGGGGCCGCUCGUCGGGGACAAUUUCGUUCGCUUCUGUCUCGGCGGCGCGCUGGGCGUCGUCGGCUGCCUGGAGAAGCGCUGGCUCCGCCGCUGACGGCCCCUUCGCGACACUGGCCUUCGCCGCCAUCGCUGCUUCGCAACGGCUUUGCGACCUUGACAGGCUACCAAUGGGUGAAUCGCUUCACAGCAGGAUGGUGACUCGGCGGCGAUAGGGGAGCGAAGCGUGUGUGUUUCGCAAUGAAGGGACAAAUCGCACCCGGAGCAAACAAAGGAAAACAGAAAGCACUUAGAAAAGGUAUCCUCUUUCCGGAUAUUAUGAUGUGAUGAGUCGCGAAGGUGUUUGUUAAUUUCACCGAUUUGACAGAUUGCCUUUAAAAGGUGGUUCAACCUUCAAGGCGAGACAUUUCUUUUGUUGGAAUGCUCGUUUUGUUCGACGUGGUCACAAAAAUUGUCAGAUUUUGGGGACAGCUGGGGCUUGCAAAAAGAACGUUGCCUUCUGUCAGUGCCUGCGGGGGUUUGCGAGUGCAAGUAGGAAACGCCGAGUCUGUGGCGGGUUGCCACGAAUCCUUUUUUUUCCCUGCAGGAGCGGAAACAUUGCUGCCAAAACUGUCAUUUAGUAGCAGUCGGAGAGACACGAGGAACUUUUAUUGGAUUUUUACACGGUUGUAUGACAGUGCUUAAAAACUCGACGCUUUAAUCCCACCCACGCCCUCCCCCACCUCCUCGUCUGUCGACUGGCCUCAUGACCAGAUGGCCAAUCAGCGACUAUAUUUUUACCGACAGAUGUCAACAUAUUCCUAAUAUGCUUACUGUCGUAAAAUAUAAUGUCCCGGUCUCUAUAAACUCCUAGAGGAAAAACAAACUUGAAUUUGACUAUUUUACUACUGAUAGUGAACUUAAAAUUCAUUUUCAAACUACUUGUACUUGAUUGAUAAGUUAUGGGGGUUUUUUCCAUUCAAUUUUGAUAUUAUAAUAGGUAAAAAUUUUGAUACAUUUUUAUACUAAAGCACUUUUUUUUUUACUAACAGCUGGCCUAACUAAUAAGCAUGCUAUGUUCUCGAGUUUUUUUGGAAGACUUAAGUAUAACAUAUACAUGUGUAUAUGUGCGUACACUGUAUGUAUUGCAAAUGUGGCCGGAAAUAUUUGAAGAUACAUAAAGUGUUGAUUUAUGACAUAGUAGAAGGCAAAUGGUUAAUGAUUUUACCAUGCCAUGUUGCCAGGGCUCUCACUGAAAACAAUGUGCCAAGGGGAUUUAUAUAAUUAACAUGGUUACAUUUACAGUACAUCAUGGCUUUUGACUUUAAUUUUAUGGAAAAAUACAACACACAAUAUCGUGAUAAAAAACUUCCAUUAACCGUUUAUCUGCUUGCUGCUGACAACGUACUGCUUGGCAGAACAUUACAAGGUGAACUAAAUUGACGGGAUGAUAAAGCAAAGAGAGAGAAACAGAGCAGUAGGUUGAGAAUUCUUUCAUGUUGUGGCUUGUUUAAUACCGAUGCGUUGACAUGAAUGUUUUGAUCUGAAUGAAGAUCUGCCUCCCGGAAUACUUUUGAAGGUUUACCAACUAAAGAAAUAUUUUUGGGGUGGGGGGGGGUGUUUUGAAACAUAACGAGGUGUGCCCGUGCCAUUUCGCGCCGCUCGUUUGUAAAUUUGGGGUGACAACAGACGCAGAAAUACAGUAGCCGAUCUUUCUGCUUGCACUUAACACAGUUGCGCAUGACGAGGUGAUGUUCAAAGUUUGUUUCUUAAAGAAGCGUCCAACGGGUGUUAAUAAAAUGGGCCACUCUACAGAACAGCUGCAAGGUUUGCUUAGUGUGCAGCAGCGAUGCACAGGAGCAUGUUUUUUUAUACUUGACGUAGGGAACGUUCAAAUCUUAUUUUCUGUUAUUUGUACUUGUUCAGUGAGCGACAGCGCUAAUGUCCACCGUCCUCCAACAUUUAGUUGCCACGGUGGCAAGAUGUUAACUCUCUCACCUGGUAUGCAGGAGGUCGUGGGUUCAAUCCCAACCCUGACGCCUGCUGUAUAUUUGGAGUUUGCGUGUCUCUCCGCGUGGUCACGUGGAUUUUUCUCCAGGUCGCUUCUGAAAAAGAGAUAUAUAGCUCGGUGGGCCUUACCUGGUAAAAUAAAAAAUAGUUUUAUUUACACCAUCUCUUGUAUACAUUUACAAGCGAGUGUAAUGUGUGCACUGAUCAGUCGGGGUGUGACGAUCAUCCUUCCCUUGCGAUGUAAUCUACCAUCGCGAUUCUGUUCAAUAAUCUAUUCCGGUUUUAAAACGCCGUGGUGAUUGAAGCAUAGUCGUGGCUGCAAAUUACACGAUUGAUUUUUAAAAAAUGUCGACUAUUCCACACGUAAUUCGGUGCAUGCAUUCUUAUCUUGCGGAAUUAUUAUAAUAACGAUUAGAUGCCAACUGGGUUAUCACAUCACAGGAUCAUGAGAUUUGUUGGCUUGGGAAUGUUUUUAUCCAGCAGUGGUUUAACCUUGGCUUAAAUCGAUCAUUGACAAAUCUGCUUUUUAUUACCUUUACAUAAUAGGUAUUUUCAGUUGUGAUUGGAUUGAUGAUGCUCCCAUUAAUGAUGCGAUACAGUAAUACAUCGGUUAACGAACGAGAUGCGUUCCAUCAUAUCACUUUGUUAUCAGAAACUUCGUCACCAGAGGUAGAUAUAACAACUCCGAUUAGCACGGUUGGCUACGUAUGGUGCGAAAGAAGUUCAACAUACAUACGUGGGGUUGCGUUCCAGGAGAAGGGGCGUACAACAAUAGCCUUCACUUUUUCUGCUUGGUUUAAAGUGGUCUUUCAAGGUGUACUGCGCCAACCCUAAUGAACGAGCUAUAUCACUUGUCAUCUCUCCUGCCUUUGCCCUCCUAGUGAUCUGCAUUUUAGUUUCCAAAGAGAAAGGAUUUACGCUGCACCUUUUUCUCCGGCAAGGCCACUAGCGCUAGAUUGUCGUUUGGAUGACAAAAUAGGGGUAGUAAAAUUGUUUUACCACUGCAUAAAAAAGCACGAUCGCAUUUUACCAACACACGGAGCUCGCGAGCAGUGGCGGGCAGGAGAGGGAAGACCAGGGAAGCACGCCGCUGAUUGGGCCAAGAGAGGGGAGACUCGCGACGCUCUUCGCCGAUUGGGCCAGUAAACAAACUCCACUUGGCCGUGGCGAGAGGCCACGCGCAGCAUUUUCAUUAGUUUUACUCUUUUGAAUCGCUUUGCAUGGUUUCUGAAGGUAUUCGUUUUUUUUGUCGAUUUUUACAAAAGUAGGGGGCCGAUAGGGGCCCUCCACGGUCAACUUGGUGAUGAAGGAGCUUCGUUACCAGAGGCUUCGUUAACCGAGGUAUUACUGUAUAAUAUUAAAAGAAGUUUGGCUGGCUGGCACACGGGCUGGUAAGUGUGCGAUGGUAACCUCGCCGUUUACAUUUGUGUGGUGAUGUCACCCGCAUCCCACAGUGCUGGGCCGGGUUCCUGCGUCGCGGUGAUAUCAUCACGCCCCCCCCAACACCACCCUCAACCCCGGUUAUAUAUCUGGCACAAAUGCAUGGGCAGAACGAGAUAAAAUAAAAAAAGGUAUACAUUUAAAGCAUUAAACAUGCUUUAUGAAUAUUUAUGUAAAGUUUUGUAAUGGUUCAGAUGAAUGUCGAUUAUGUAAUGUGACAUACCUGACAAAGGUUUUUCAAAUAUGUCUUUUAAGUGUAUUUUUAACCUGCACUGAUCAUGCUAACAAGGCACUCUGUGUACCUGCACUGAAGAUAGCCAUAAUGAAAAAACACAUGCCGUCGAAUAGGACAAUGUUACUCCACCUAGCCGUAUACUUUGGAAGACCACCCUUUCCACUUUGUGCUGAUUUUCCCAAUGUUCACCACACUUGCCAUAGGCGACACCUCUUUCAUAAUUAUGUUGUUGAUCUUGAUACCAAGAUCACAAGGGAAACCUACUUUAGGGGAUUCCUUGGACCCAUAGUUUUGAAUUAAAACAACCAUUUACCAGCCCAAAUUCCACUAAAUUGUGUUGAUACUGUGUUUUAGGUAAUGGCGAGUGAAGACACAAAGUUACAAAUGACAAUUGAAUGCAACGUUCCCACGCGAAAUUGGCCUUGAACGGACUCUCUUGUCAAAUAUUGUGCUUUUUAACUCGUAGCCUUUCGCGACAAAUAUUAUUCAUAAAGGUUUUUGGGUUAGGGGUACGACACAUUUAUACUCACGCGAUCUAACCCCAAAACCUUUAUUAUGAAAAAUAUUGUGGCCAGGUUUCUUGUGCAAAUUCAUGUUCUGGGGAUAGCUUAGUGCUGAAGCAUCAACA